AUCUUACGUAUGUAAUGACUUAUUUUUAACAUUUUUUGGUAUGGCAAAAUAUACGUGUCAACCUAAAAAAAAGAAAAUUGGGAAAAUCUAAAUCAGUUGGUACAUUUUUUGGAAGUGUUGUUUAUCUAAGUUUCGAUUUGUGCGUGAGCUGCUUGGGGGUAUGUCAGAUACUCCCCCGGCUUCAGAAACAAGGAAACCGAAACCUAAGAGGACAAGGCGAGAAUAAGAAGCGAAAUCUAAAUUAAUUUUUAAGGUUUAAAACAAUUAUAACAAUGAAUAUUCGCUGCGCCCGACCUAGUGACCUAAUGAACAUGCAACAUUGUAAUCUUCUGUGCCUACCAGAGAAUUAUCAGAUGAAAUAUUAUUUCUAUCAUGGUUUGUCAUGGCCCCAGCUGAGUUACGUUGCUGAAGAUGAGAAAGGGCAUAUUGUUGGUUACGUUCUUGCGAAGAUGGAAGAAGAUGGUGAGGACAAUCGACAUGGCCAUAUCACUUCUCUAGCGGUCAAAAGAUCACAUCGACGUCUGGGUCUCGCACAAAAACUUAUGAAUCAAGCGUCACUUGCUAUGGUGGAAUGUUUUCAGGCCAAAUAUGUAUCACUACACGUAAGGAAAAGCAACCGAGCAGCCCUUAAUUUAUACACUAAUUCCCUUGGUUUCAAGAUUUUAGAAAUUGAGCCCAAGUACUAUGCUGAUGGUGAAGAUGCAUAUUCUAUGAUGAGGGAUCUCAGUGCAUUUGCAGCUGAUAAUAAGUCUGAGAACCAAGCCUCUGAAAAUUUAGAAAUUAAGUCAGAAUCAGCUAUCGUGUCUCAGUGUUAAUUAUGAUAUUUUGCAUUUAAGGCAAUAAAGUUUUUCUAUAUAA